AUGCCUCAAUUCAAACAAGUGGAUGUAUUUACUACCGAAAAAUUUAAGGGCAACCCCGUAGCCGUCUUCUUUGACAGCGAACAUUUAACUGAUAAGGAAAAGGGCCAGAUUUCAGCUUGGACUAACUUGUCGGAAGCCACAUUUAUUGAGCCCACUACUAAGCCAGAGGCUGACUACAAAGUCAGAAUCUUUAGUAUGGAGCACGAAUUGCCAUUUGCCGGGCACCCGACAAUCGGUACUUGUCAUGCUCUAUUGGAAGCAGGAAUUAUAAAGCCGAAGAAUGGUAAGGUGGUGCAAGAAUGUGGGGCUGGGCUUGUCUCUUUGGAAGUAACUGAUACGACGCCUCCAAUCUUUCGUUUCAAAUUGCCCUAUGCCAAACGGAGGGACCUCACGAGACAAGAAAUCGCGAAGGUAACUGAAGUCCUUGGCGUCUCCGAUGCUAUUGAUGCCGCAGUAUAUGAUGUUGGUCCAGUUUGGUUGACGAUUCUUUUAGAUAGUGCAGAGACUGUACUUCAAUUAGACCCACAAGAGGUUCGCUUGAUCGAAGUUUCCAAGGACUUGCAAGUCUCAGGAAUCCAAGUAAUCGGUCGGUACAGCGAUCAUAAGUAUGAAACAAGAACCUUUGCACCAUUGGUUGGUGUUAAGGAAGACCCAGUUUGUGGUUCGGGGUCUGGAGCAACUGCGGCAUUUCUCCGGGAUUCGCAGAGGAUAACUGGUACUACUGAGUUGAGUCAGGGUGCUGCAUUGAACAGAGCUGGAAAGAUCACCAUAGAAGGCGGAGAUGAAAUUUUCGUUAGUGGAUCCGCUGUCACUGUGAUUGAUGGGCAUUACUAA